AUGUCAUCCAAUGUCGGCCUUUCUACGCCCCGUGGUAGCGGAACUUCGGGCUAUGUACAGCGCAAUCUUUCGCUUCUUAAACCUCGCGACAGGAACUAUGGCACACCAAAUCAAUUGGGUGCAGAUACAGAAGAUACACGAACCUUUAAGCAACGGCAGCCUGAUAAGCAGAUUCUUGAACAUGACCGGCGGAGACAGAUUGAAGUUAAGGUGAUGGAGGAAAGAGAUAGACUUGAGGAUGAGAAUGAAGAGUUGGAAGAGCGAGGAGAGGAGGAGGAGGAUGAUGAUGAUGCUAAAGGCAAAAAAUACAAACUAUCAGAAGAGGAGAUUGAGACUAAGCUCGAUGAGCUACGAGUAAAGUUAACGAAGGAGUUAGAGGAUGAACUUGCGGGGCGAGAUUAUCGUGGUGAAAAGAGAAAACAAGGAGAUUUUAGUGGCGACGGGAGGGGAAAGAGACACUUCAAAACCUAUCAAGUUCAUGAGUUGGCGGAAGCGAAGAUCGAAGAAAGUGAACGGUUUCGCAAAGCGCUUGGCAUUAGGGCUGAUGGAGAGGAGUUCCCGAAAAAAGGUGGUAGACGGCGAGACUGGGAUCGACCAGAGAGAGCGGAUGACAGAGCCACGCGGGACAGGUAUCGAGAUGACAGGGACGAUAACCAUAGCAGAAGCAGGAACUAG